AUGUCGCCGCACAAGCACACCGAGCAGGAUGGCAAGCGGCAGUGGGUGAUGGGCGCCGAAGCCUUCGAGAGGACUAUGCCCCAUCACCAAGGCAUCAAGGCUCUCUGGGAGACGAAGUGGAAAUUCCCUUGCACCAAAAGCGUCUACCCUUUUCAUGACGGCCAGUACGAGGACUUUGAGCCCAUUUUCGAGCAUCUGAUCAAGAACAAUAUCAAUGACGGAACAUCCCCCGCUUAUACCGAGGCCUUUUUCCCCAUCGCCGAGUCGCUGACUGCCAAAGGCGACCAAGCUGCCUCUGCCGGCGACAAGAAGCAGGCGAGCGCUUUGUACCUACGAGCGUGUACAGUUUACCGCAUUGCUCGGUUUCCCUAUAUCACGGCUUACCCCGAGGUCAACUGCCCGGUCAAGUGGAAGGCAUGGGAGGCUCAAAAAGAAGUCUACUUGAGGGCAGCUCAUUCCUGGGACUGCCCCAUUAAUGACGUGGAUAUUCUGCACGCCCAUGCCAAAGGUGGAGAUAGACAGUCCAUCCCCGCCUACGUGAGAGUUCCUCACGCAGCGUCCAGGAGCAACCCUUGCCCUGUCGUCAUCCUGAUGACGGGCCUCGAUGGGUACCGCCCUGACAACACUGUCCGCUCCGAUGAGUUUCUGGCGCGUGGAUGGGGAAGUGUAAUUGUCGAGAUCCCCGGGACCGCGGACUGCCCUGCGGACUCGGCCGACCCGAAAAGCCCGGAUAGGUUGUGGAGCAGUGUGCUCGAUUGGAUCGCCGCCGACGGCCGGUUCAAUACGGACAAAGUCCUGGUAUGGGGUCUCAGCUCGGGCGGGUACUACGCCAUCCGCAUUGCGCACACGCACAAGGGCCGCUUGGCUGGAUCGAUUGCGCAGGGAGCCGGGUGCCACUACUUCUUCGAUCCCGAAUGGCUAGAGAAGGCCGAUGGCCACGAAUACCCGUUCCUUCUGACACCUGCCAUGGCCAUGAAGCAUGGUUACAAGUCGGUGGAUGACUACAAGGCUGGGGUACAAAAAAAGUUCUCUCUGCUUGAAGCUGGCAUCAUCGACAAGCCUUCUACCCGCCUAUUGCUGAUCAACGGCACUUUGGACGGUUUGAUGCCCAUUGAGGAUUCAAUGAUGUUGUUCGAGCACGGCACGCCCAAGGAGGCGAGGUUCUUUUCGGGAGCGUUGCAUAUGGGAUACCCGAUGGCAAAUGCAUCAGUCUACCCUUGGAUGGAGAGCGUCAUGGCAAGCAGCGUUUGA